AUGAAGCUUCCGAAUGCUGCUGUAUUCUUUAUCUUUGUGCCCACUUUGACGCCAGCUUUGGACCCCCUCAGCAUUUCAGUCUUCAUGGGGAGUGCCGCUGUCACUUGGCAGCUCCUCUCCCCUCACUACUGGCUCAAGUGCAGUCUCCCAGAGUGCUGCAAUAUGAAGGACAAGCUGAACUUCGCAGGAAGGGAAGACAUUCCUGUGAAGGAGCCCCAGUCUCUGCUCUCAGCGGAAAUUUUCAGCAACAGAAAGAGCGGUUUCUUUCACAGUUAACUGAUCCAGAAGAACCUGAUUGCCUAUUUCAACCCUUUCCUUCCUCUCAAAUGUAAACAUGUGAGGGAGCGUGUCCGGGAGGAACUGCGCAUACAAGGGCAUCCCGAGGAUGAAGACCUCAUCACAGAGAUUGCCUUGGCAAUGACUGAGUGCCCCAGUGAAGAAAGACUCUACUCCAGCAAAGGUUGCAAGACUGUAGGCUCCAGAGUGACUCUGAGCAUGAGGCAUUAUCAGGCUGAACGCCUCAUCUUCUGGUUACACCACCACAGCAGAUGGAAGAACCAGUAA